UCUUCCAUAUUUCUGGCUAAAACAGCCCAAUUAAACGUGGUCCAACCAUUCUUCAUAUUUGCCAUCAUAAUGAGUUCCCAGCGUUCGCUGUGGUCACCUCUUCUUUCUCUGGUAUGUUUCGUACUUGUGGUUCCUGUUAAGAUUCAGUCAUUAAGCUACUCUGAAGGGUACCGAGUUUGUAAUCUUCCCUUCAGAUGUGGAAAUGUUACAGUCGGUUAUCCAUUCUGGGGAGUUGACCGACCGAGUGAUUGUGGCCAUCCUGACCUGCAACUCUAUUGUGAGAAUGAUAUGCCUAUGAUGACGAUGAAUGACUUGUUCUACCUUGUUUUGAAUGUGGAUGAAAAAGCCCAGAUUCUCAGGAUUGCAAGAGAAGAUUACCUCGAUGGAAUCUGUCCACGUCGAUUUGGUAACACCACCCUCUCUUCCGUGUUCAAUUAUACUAAUGAGUAUGAGAUACGUACCGUACUUUACGCUUGCCCGCUAUCUGCUUCUCUUUCUGGACAUUUCACUUGCUCUUUUACUGGUACGGACAAGAAGGAUGGCUAUAUAGAAGCGGGAGCUAAUGGUGCUGGGGCAUGCGAUGUUGGCGUCAUUGUUCCUUUUCCUAAAUCCUUGGUUCUACAAGGAAAAGAGAAUAAAUCGGUUUUGAAACAAGCCCUACAAGACGGAUUUGAGAUCAAAUGGAAUAUAAGUUACGCGGAAUGUGGGAAAUGCAUUGAAUCUCAGGGAAGUUGUGGAUUUAAGAUCAAUGAAACAAUUUGUUACUGCCGAAAUGGACAAUUGAACUCCUCGGCGGCAUGCGACAUCUCACUGUCCAACCAAGGCUCAAAACAGUCUCCGGGUCCGGGAGUAUCUUCAAAUGACCAUAAUAAAUCAGUCUUCAACAAACCAAGGAAGAUUGCCAUAGGAAUUACAGCUAGUGUUGUGGGGAUUAUAAUUGUCAUCUCAAUGGUUGGCCUGGGACGAUUCUGGAAGAAGAAAACAGAGGAUGAUCAAAGAAUGGAGGCGUUUAUUAGAAAUUGCGGAUCGCAUGCUCCACAAAGAUAUAAUUAUUCUGAUAUUAGAAACGUUACAAAAUCAUUCAGCGAAAAACUUGGUCGAGGAGGCUAUGGUGAUGUUUACAAAGGAAAACUACCUGACGGUCGUCUUGUGGCAGUGAAGAUCUUGAAGGAAUCUAAGGGCAAUGGAGAGGAAUUCAUCAAUGAAGUGACUAGCAUCAGUAGAACAUCCCAUGUCAAUAUAGUCAGUCUUCUAGGUUACUGCUGUGAGAGGAACAAAAGAGCUCUAAUCUAUGAAUUCAUGUGCAAUGGAUCUUUGGAUAAGUUUAUAUAUACUCAAGAAUCUUCGAGUACAAAUUGCAAUUUGGAGUGGAACACACUUUAUCAAAUCGUAGUCGGCAUUGCAAGAGGACUAGAAUAUUUACACAGAGGUUGUAACACAAGAAUAGUACAUUUUGACAUAAAACCUCACAACAUUCUUUUAGACAAAGACUUUUACCCAAAAAUAUCUGACUUUGGGCUUGCAAAACAAUCCAACCAGAAAGAGAGUAUCAUAUCAAUGUUGAACGCAAGAGGAACUGUAGGAUAUAUUGCACCAGAAGUGAUUUGUAGAAACUUUGGAGGAGUCUCUCACAAGUCUGAUGUCUAUAGUUACGGAAUGAUGAUUCUAGAAAUAGUUGGAGCAAGAAAGAACAUUAAUGUUGGGAUAUCUCAGACAAGUGAAGUAUAUUUUCCAGAUGCUAUUUAUAACCUUCUUGAACCGAGCAAUGAUUUUAAACUUCCAGGUGUUGUCACUGAAGAGGAAAAAGAGACGGCGAAAAAGAUGAUAUUAGUGAGCUUGUGGUGCAUUCAAACCAAUCCAUCUGAUAGACCAUCAAUCACAAAAGUUGUCGAGAUGUUGGAAGGUAGGCCAGAAAACUUGCAAGUUCCACCAAAACCUUAUUGGUCUUCUCCGCCAGGAUCCUUUAAACAUUCUUUCCCGGCAUCUUCAUCAACACAACUUGCAUCAGAGGAAGAACCGUUCAAAGAUCUGGGUGAUAUGUAAACUGUAAUAAAAUUUGGCAAAAUUUAGAUUUGCCUUGAUUUGUGCUCAAGGACCAGGACAUUAGUUUUCCUUUAUUCGUAACGCCAGAUUUUUUUUCUUUUACGUAGUGAAUGUACGGAUGCAGUGGAUACUGAACAUUUACCUGAAGGGUACAAUUUUACAUGACCAUUCAA